AUGAAUACUACUACAGCUUAUACGCCUCUCGAAUGUUUAUUGCUAUUCCAGUCUCUAGUCGCAUAUGGCACCGAUCCAAACUCAUUUAUUCAAAUUUCCCAAUUCUUGACAAAUAAUUUCCUGGUUAAGGACGGAGAAACAUACGAUGCUGGGAGGUUGAGCGCAGACUUAUUAGAGGAUCUAUAUUUACGACUUCUGCGAGAGGAAUUAAAAAAUGAUGCGGAGCAAGAUGUGCAAGAAGAGAAUGGGCCAUCACCAUCGAAAAAACGAAAACUCUCAAGCCCACUUUUACCAACAAUUAAGGAUGCCCAACCUUAUCGAGAGAAAUUGCCAGUUUUAGUGGAAAGGUUAUAUGCGCGGUAUAGGGAUUAUAUGGUACGAGCAAUUCGGGAAGAUGAGGAAAACUACCGGACUGUUCAACGAGAUAUUGCCGCGAUUGAGAGAGGAGAUUGGGAUGAGAGAAUAUUGAGAGAAGAGGGGGUUGUGGCAGAACAAAAUGGGCAUAGACAAGCUGAAGAUUCCGGCACAAAGCCAAGUGGAUUCACUAGCAAUGUUCCUGUCGUGGUGGAGGGUAAACCGCAGGAAUCCAAACCUCUGGAAACCGGAUCACAGGAUCAACGGCCGACAGAAUCCAAGCGUCUAGAGCCCCAGCUUCCACAGAUCAAGUCAUUUGAGAUAGCUAUUCCUCAAUCAGUACCUCAAGUUUUAAGAGAGCAAACAAGAACAAUAGCAUCUCCAUCUCCAGGCCCUUCCCCAAGAACCGAAGGUCGACCAGAAGGUUUGUCUAUCAGUGAUGUUCUGAACACUCAUAACUCUACUCCUAUUCCUCCCCCGAAGCAAGUCUCGGAACAACAGCCUCGGAACGGCGCGCAACAUGGGGCACCACCAAUGGCCCAGCAAAGAUCUGGCAGUCACGGUCCUCAUGGACCGUCUCCUUUACAAACUCAAACUCAUUCACCCCAGCCCGGUCCCCCUCCUUUGCAAUGGGAGCCACCAUUUCAUCCUGGGCCCAAUCCUCCACAGUUCCACAACUCCCAGCCUGGAUCGCCACAUCCAUCUCCGCACUCCCAAUUUUACCCCCCACAAUUUCCUCCGCACCCAUAUCCUCCUCAUUCAUUUCCUCCCCCUAACCACCGAAAUUCCCUACCGAGUCCACAUCUACCUCCGCCCCAUCAUUCUGUACCAUCAUCUCCACUGAACCCCCAAUAUCAACAAGGUGUUCUCUUACCACCCCCUCAUAUGAUGGGCAGAUCGUCAAGUACUUCUGGCACGCAAUUAGAUGCGUUAGCAGAUAUUGCUGGGCAGCAAUACCGUGCACCUUCCGGGUCUCCUAUGAUUCAGCAAGGGCCUCUCCCCCCAGUCUCAAUGCCCCAAGGAUCUAUGUCACAAACUCCAUAUACACAUUCAUUCCCACCUCCACAAAGAUCCCUGUCUUCGACUGGCAACCCUCCUCCACAAUGGAACCCCCCCUUCCAACCGCCAUACCCAGUACCAAACUACCAACUUAAUGGACCUCAAACCAAUAGACCGCCAUUCCCCCGACCAGACCUUGUUGUUACAGAAAACAGACAAUAUAAUUCACCCUAUAACGCAAACCAAGGUCCACGGCCUUCUCUACCUAUGAAUACCCCAGUGCAGCUACCAAGGCCACAAUUAUCGCAACCUCACACUCCUUUAUUUCAAGCACCUCACUCAUUCAUGACUGGAAGUGGCACAAAGUGGAGUCCAAGACCAUCCGGGGCUACUCCACGACUACAUAAAGAGCCUCCCCGUCCUCAGGCUGAACCUCUUAGUCCUGUAUUGAAACCUAAAGUGUUACCACAAUCUGUGGAAAAGUCAUCACAGAAGAAAGGGCAUUCAAAACCGGAUCCAGUAAAGCCAGGAAAGGCAAGCAUACCAAUCACAUUAAACAAGCGAGCCGGAAGUGUAACCUCCACUCAUACCACUGGGCCCAUUAGAAGAAGCCAAUCGGUACAAUCACAUGCCGAUGAACUCUCUUUGGAUACUGAAAAUUCUGUUCUUCACUUCAAACAAGAAGUUGCAACGCCCCGUGGCAUAAGUGAUGUAGGCGACAUUGCAGCUGAUGAAAGUACAAGUCGGCAAUCUAAAGUACCGCCAUCACCUCGUCAAGCAAUGAAGCGGAAGCGUCUUGAUAGUCCUGAACUUAGGGAACCUCGAGGGCCACCUCUUUUCGUUUUAUGGACUCGCGCUUUUCCGAAAAUUAGUGCCUCUGCUUUGGAAUCGAUUAGUGGACAUCGAAACGCGAGCACAUUUGCGAAUCCAGUCAAGGAACGCGAUGCUCCUGGCUACAAAGAUUUGAUUCUUCGUCCACAAGAUCUCAAAUCUAUUCGCACGGCUAUCACAGCUGGACAUAAAGCUGCGGCGGCUGUGGCAGCUGCUCAGGUUACUCCUGACGAUCAAGGUCAAUCAAGUGCAUGGCUUCCUAUCUCUGAAGAUCUCAUCCCCCCAAAAGGCAUCAUAAAUUACGCUCAAUUUGAGAAAGAAUUGAUGCGAAUGUUUGCCAAUGCUAUAAUGUUCAAUCCAGAUCCAGAUCGUGGAUUUGGUCGAACAUUUGAAAACAAAAGGAAAGAGUCUGAGAAGGGAGGCGUGUAUGAAAUUGAUGAGAAUUCAUUAGUUAAAGAUACGCGAGCCAUGUUCAUGGAUGUUGAGAAGGAUAUUGGAGCACUAAGAAGCGCCGAAAGGAGAAGCGAAGAAGCUGCCGAAAGAGAAGCUCUCGGUGGACCUUGGGGUAUUAGACAUCCAAUUGGCCAUGCAGAAGCUGAUGAUGACGAAGUCGAUGAAUUGGCUGGCGAUAUAGAUGGUGCGGUGGGAAAUGCAGGUGGCUUGGCGAAAAGGAGAAAAAAGGCCUAA